AUCUCUAGAUUUGUGAGCCAGGCUUUGGGCGUUGUUUUCGUUGCUGUAAAGUAGUAGAAAUUUAUGAAUAAAACCGACUUACUAUAUCUGAAUGGGACUUGCGCCAACAUUCCGAAACGGAAACAGUGUGCAUGUGAGCAGAAAGUAUUGAGUGGAACCCUUGAAGUACCACCCCAUCCAUAAAAGCUAUGUCAACAAUCGAAGAGGAGCGUAAGGCGUACGAAAAGAAUCCCUACUUCACCGGGCAUAUUUAUGGCAACUUCUCACCUUUUUAUGUGACCAUUGCCAUUUGCACAGUUAUUCUAGGCUCUAUUAUCAUAUUGAACAUUAUCCUUGGCUGCUGCUCCAAGCAUCGAAAGUACUGGCAGGACAGGCAUACGGGAAACCGUUGGUUAGUUUCCAUUUGGUCCGCCACACCACACAAGCAGCCACCUCUAGAUUUCACCGAGCUUAAAGAAGCUUCAUACUUUCAACGUUUUCAUCCCACCACGCACCAGCAGGUGUUCCCUGACGACGUCGUCAUUGGCGUUGACGACUUGGAGCCCGUUCAUCAGCAUCAGCGUCCACCACGCCCCGAGGGCCGCACCCUACACCAGCAGCGCCAACGCGAAGAAUACGUUGAGUUGCAAAAGCGCGAAAGCGAUAUUUAA